UAGGUGUGGUCAGUAAACAUGGUAUAUAUAAGAUUACGUCAUUGAAAAUCUUUUUGAGACUGACUUUAGUUGACCCAAUACUAAUGCCCCCAUAUUCAAUUAGCGUAACCGUGCUCUCAGAACCGACAUAGGUAUCAUUUCCUAUCAACUUUAUUGAAUCUCCGUCGAUUACUACAUGGCGCCGCCGAUCCCAGGCCUCGAUGUCUCUUACAGUAGCUUCCAAGGUGCCCGUUAUACGAAUGUUCGGCUCUACUCCGGCUGGCCAGAAAACUUGUUUGCACAUUCAUCGAAUAAGAUUUAGAUGGCGUUACCAUAUUUAUAUGUGCCAUGCAUUCAGCUGCACCUGCACGAGAAAGGGAAGUUGGGUUCUCGAUAAAUGCUUACAGCCUCAUGAAUCUCACAUUCCCUUCAUUCUCCAGUUUAUGGUUGACUACAACUUGUAUGGGAUGGGUCAUCUACAUGUAUCGAAGAUUAAGUUCCGUCAUCCAAUACCAGAUGCCUUCUGCCCUAGGAAGUCUGUUCACAAUGGACAGCCUAGUCAGGACAUAGAUAAGUCAACUUGCAUGCCUGCUGAUUUCCAGGCAGAUAUACAUGGCCAUCUGUCUUUGGGUUCACCUGUUUGGACACAAUUCCAGUUGACUGGACGUGGAAUUCUCCUGGUGAAUUUGAUGCUUCCUCAAAUCCAGAUAUGAACUGCAUUAAACAUCAAAUUGUUACUCAUUCAUGGUUUCACAGAGAUUGUUAAUCAGUAGCGUAAGAUGUAUACAUCCCUCUCACAAACUCUUUCAGAUGUGAAAAUGGUUCAGUCACUUAUACCAAUUUGGGAGGAGUAUGAAAGGACGGGGAUACAUGAGGCAGCAAUACCUACUGAUCCUGCCAAACCACUUCCAGAAGAUACUUUGAAAACUGACAGGUAGUCAGAAUUUAAUAACAAACUUAUCAAAGUGCAUGGUGAAGCAGAAAGUUCUAUGUGUCGAACUCAAUUAAGGAAAGAUGUAAGGCCUGUGGAGCAGAUGACAUCUCCAAAAGAUGAAGGAAAUUUUGUUGGACUCCAAACUGAUAAUCUUAUUGAUGGAAACAUAAUUGGAUCUCCGUCAACACAAGAUUCUACUGAAGAAAGGGUUUCAAAUGCCAAACUGUCAUUGAAUAAGGAACUUCCAGCAUCUCAAGUGAUCGAGACGAUAAAUAUGAAGGCUGCAGAUAAUGAAGCACUGGGUCAUCCUUGAUUUGGCUGGUGAUUUAAUUGACUUCAAGGGAGAAAAGGAAAAAGCUUCUUACCCUUCAGAUCGAAACUCUUCGAAACCUUCAGAGGAAGGGUUCAGUGUUGGGAAACUGUGCCAUGAUGGCAUUUUUUGGGGUAAUUUGGGGAGAAAUGAAGAGAAGAAUUUUUGAGGAUGUGGUAGGGGAUGAGGUAGAGCAGCUUUGGGACUGUAUCCGAUUCUGGGCAUCGCUUUGGGCGUCUGCUUCUGAAGAAUUUAGGUAGAUUAGCUUUCAGCUCAUCCAUCUAGAUUGGAAAGCCGUAGUUUUGUAAUGUAGAGUUUUUUUAGCCUUUCUGUUUUGUGUGGUGGCCUUCUUGACCACCUCUUGUUCCGUUAGUGUCUUGUUCUUUUUUGAAAUAAAUAUAUAGGAUAGAGACCCAAAAA